UUCUUUCUCUUCUUGCCGCAGGGAGGCUGUCGCAGCAGGAGCUAGUGGAAAUUCUGAUUGUUGUUUAUGUAGAUAUCCUUGGAUUCGUGAAAUGUUCAUCUUAAUUUUGAAUAGUAGACGCACUGGAAUAAGUUUUGCACUGGAUGUUUCAAAAAUUUGAUCAGUCUUCUGAACGUUCAGGAACUAUGGGGGAAUUGUGAUCGAAUUUGCAAGAAAAAUACAUCAUAUCAGAUGAAAAAAAGUUCAAAAGAAUGCUGAAGCUGCAACGAGAUGUGCUUUAGGAAAUCAAGUCUGGUGGAAUUUCUUCGAACAUAGUCUCAUUCCUUUAUCAGGUUUGCCUGUCUAUGUCAUCAGUUCUGAAAGCAGGGAGUCUCCAUGAAGAUAGUGAACCAGUUCCUUCGGUGCCUCGGAAGUUGAUGCUAUCAGGUCAUAUGUACAGAAAGGAUUUCAACUAAGACAAUUGCGACGUGAAGAGUGGGCGAAUCAUUAAAUACAAACGUAGAAUCGAAGUUUCUCCCUGCCGUCGCAACAUCAGGAAGGACACGGAAUGCCAUCCGAAUAGAUAAGCUUGCGCGAGAGAGAUAGAAUUUUACGGCAAAAAAAUGCUAUGCUCAAAACACUGAAAUAGCACAUGCUACAUUCAUCUGUAAGUUUUACCGUGUUAAAUGUCUUGCUACUGUCGUUGCAACUGCUAUACAAGCUUGACUGCUUGUAAAUGAAUCUUCUGGAAGCAGAAUCAUGAAGCAUCAAACAUCUGAGGAAUACGUCGAGGCGCUGGGUCUGAUGCGCAAGAAAGUGGACCGUGAAUUAUUAUGUUUCAAAGAGAAAACGAAAGAGAGACUCAACCUUUGGUCAGGUCUUACCACCAAAUUCGUGAUGAUCAAGGCAUUCUCUGAUCAUCUCGCCAACACUGUUGAGCUGAUUGAGAAGCAGUCCCUAGAAGCGGAGCGGAGCAAGAGACUCCUGGAAGGAACCAUAUCUGAGCAAUUGAUAUUCCUCUCGAAAUCAACGCUUCAGAUCAGCGACUUUUCCACAAAUAUUGAUUACACCGAAGAUGAGCGACCUUUAUGUGCCUUAAAUCACGGAAAUCUGGGAGAGGAGCUGAGGGAUUUAGAGCAGUUUUUGGCGAAUGCAGUCAAUGAAGCCGCAGACAUAGCAAAAUUCAAAGAAAUGAUAGAGGGCGAAUUAAUUGCGGCGAAGGAAGCCUCUCACCGUAAUGAAGCUAUGCUCCUUCAAGUUCAAGAAAGUCUUCUCGCAAAAACAGAGGCUGCAGACCAGGAAUACUUCCAACAAGAACGAUUGGGUUCUGAACGAAUUUUGAACACCAUCGAGAAGCUAAGUUUUCGAGCUAUCGAAUUACAGGCAAUUAGGAUGAGACUUCAGUUUCAAGUGCAGGAGCAUGUGAUCAUUGCAAAAUAUCUGGAGCAUUGUUUCGUAAGUCGUCGAGAUAUUCCUGAGGAUAAGUUUCACGCUCUCCAGGCAAUGCUUAUAGCUACUCACCGAAAAGCCGCGGAAUCUUCUCUUAAAAUUCAGACUCUGAAUCAUAUGAUAACGAUCCUUAAAGAGCAUAACGACGAGAAUUCCAAGCUGGUGGCAAACAUGAGGCAAGAGCUGGCUGACGCCAAGGAUGCUCUUAACAAACAGAGCGAAGAAUCGGCUCGUCAAAGGGCCGAAGAAGCUGUUGAAGUUCAGAAAAUGAGUGACACGAUAAGGACCCUCCAUGAGCAGAACACUGAGGGCGCUGCACUGGUUGCCAGCCUGAGACAAGAAGUGGCCGAAGCAAAGGAUGCUUUCAACAUUCAGGUCGAGGAGGCGGUCCAGCGCAAGACCGAAGAUGCUGCUGAAAUACAGAAGCUGACUGACGCCAUGAACAUCUUGAGAGAACAGAAUGAUGAGAGUUCCGCACUGGUGGCAAACAUGAGGCAAGAGCUGGCUAACUCCAAGGAUGCUCUCAACAAGCAAAGCGAAGAAUCAGCUCGUCAAAGGGCCGAAGAAGCUGUUGAAGUUCAGAAAAUGAGUGACACGAUAAGGACCCUCCAUGAGCAGAACACUGAGGGCGCUGCACUGGUUGCCAGCCUUAAGCGAGAGGUGACCGAAGCUGAGGAUGCUUUCAAUAAACAGAUUCUGGAAACUACUAGUCUAAAGAAGGAGUAUGCUGUUGAAGUUCAGAAUCUAAAUGAACAAAAUAGAAAUCUUCAAGAACAGAAUAAUGAGAGUGCUGUGCUAAUUGCCAACCUAAGACAGGAAGUGACUGAAUCCAAGGAUUCUUUAAAUCAACAGUUUAAGAAGAUGGUUCAACGUGAGGCUGAGAAGGCAGUUGAAGUUAAGGACUUGAAGGAUUUGAUACAGAGCCUCACUGAAAAGAAUGCGGAGAAUAGUUUCUUGGUGGCCAAUUUGAGGCAAGAGAUUGCUGAAGCCAAGGGUACUCACAACAAACAAGUUCAGGAGAUGGCUGAGCAGAAGGCUAGAGAUGCCAUUGAAGUCAAAAAGCUGAUUGAAGUGAUUAGAGUCCUUCGAGAAACGAAUGAGGAGGGUGCUGCCCUAGUGAUCAAUUUGAAGAAAGAAGUAGCUGCAGUCAAUGACGCUCUCAACGAGCAGGUUGAGAAGAUGGCUCAGCAGAAGAGGGGGGAUGCCAUUGAAGUUGAAAAUCUGAAUGAAAUCAUAAGGACUCUCACGGAAACGAAUGAGGAGGGUGCUGCGCUAGUGACCAAUUUGAAGCAAGAGCUGAGUAAAGCCACUGAUGCUCUCAAGAAACAGAGAGAGGAAGCGACCGAGCAGAAAAGUAGGGAUACUGCAGAAUUUCAGAAAAUGCGUGAAGUGAUGAGGGCACUCAAGGAACAAAACGAUGAGAGUUCUGCAAAGAUUGCCAACUUGAGAAAAGGAAUGGAAGAGGCAAAUGAUGCUCUUCAAAAGCAAGUUGAGGAGAUGGUUCACAGCAUGGCCGAGAAGGCUGUUGAAGUUCAGAACUUGAAUAGCAUGAUAAUGACCCUCAAAGAACAGAAUGAUGAGAAUGCUUUGCUUGUUGCGAAGUUGAGGCAGGAAGCGGUUGAAGCCAAUGAAACUCUCUUAUUACAUGUUGAAGAAACGGCUCACCAAAAGGCUACAAAUGCCGCUGAAGUUCAGAAUCUGAAUCAUGUCAUAAGGAUCCAAGAACAGAGCCCCGAGUAUGGUACUUUAGAUGUCAAGUUGACGCAAAUGGUAGCUGAAACGAAGGAGAACAAUAGCUGUCACUCUGACGAGGAGGCUGGAUUUUGUCAAAGUUUGAUUGACCAUGCACACCAUAUUUUCAAGGACUUUUCUGAAUUCAAGAGCUGGUAUUCAAGUGGUAUUUUGGAAGGCUGUGCUCCAGAAAGAAGUGAAGAGAAUAACGUGGAAAAUAAUCCGCUAGAGGACUUGAUAAUUUCUUUUCGAAGACACGAACUGCCCAACCUUAAGUCUCUGGGAGGGCAUCUCAAAUAUGCGAAGGUUGCUUCGUUAUCAGCAUAUACAAAGCUCAUUGAAGACACUCUACAAGAGAAAGUUAAUCUGCAAAAUGAGAUGAUGAAUCUACAGAAGAAGAAUGAGCAGCUUUGUCGUAAAGCGGACACAGAUGAGAGGAGCAUGACGAACAUAACGAUCCAGUGUGAGACCGACCUUCAUGCUAAAGCGGAUUCGUUAACAAGACAUCUAAAGGAUAAUUCUCAAUGCUGCGAACAGUCAGUCCUUAAAUUGCAAGGGCAGUACGAACUUAAAAGACCGGAAAUUGUGACUUCAGAAACCCUACAGUCUCAUCAAGAGACCCAAUCCAUCAAGGACACAACGGAUGCAAAAAAUGUGGCCAACACAGACAUGAAUCAACAAAUACCAAUGCAUGCUCCUGUUAAUCCUACGGAAGAAAGUGCGUUAAAUUUCCUGCAACCAACAUCGAAGAUACAGGAAACAUCGAUGAAGGAUAGUAACGAGCCUCAACUAAAACGCUUAAAGACUUGGGAAGCAGUAAAAAGUGCACGUGGAGAUGUUACCGAUGUGGUAUCCACUAAGAAGGACGGUCGAAGAUGUCCUGCAAUAUCCAGAGAUACAAACGGAUCACAGCAGACAACCAAUCGAUCAUGGAAAGAUAAAAAAUGUGAGGUCCUGCAGCAGGAUCUCGAACCGGAAGGCUUGUCAGUACCAAAAAGGAUCAGAAGCACACGCACAAAGUCAAAGCACUGCAGUAAAACGUCAAAUCAGCAAUCUCGGGCACAAGGCUCAACGUCAACAGGCCUGAGAAAUUCGUACCACAACUCCGCCCUGUCCGCCCUGGAUCAGGAAGACGACCCAUACACAUUUCUUUAAACGACUGAUUUCUGUUACUUUCGAGUUGCUGGAGAGCAUGUUGGUCUCACGUGGGGCUAGUUGUGCGCCUCACCCAUAUCCUAACACCUUUGCAACUUGCUGAUUCGAUUAAAGAGCCUUCGGCGUUAGUGCGUGCAUUUGUUUAAACUCAUUAGUGGCGAUACUAUCAAUUACAACCAGACCCGUGGUAGCACUGCCUUCAUUUUUUGGAUUCGUGCUACGUCAUCCAUCCCCAUGAAAGAGAGUGAGCAAUUGGGUACAGCCAGAAAGUUGUUAAACUCUGACGAUUUAACCUUACUCUAAUGCAGUCGUACAAAAGCCGAGUUCAGGUGAUUACUACGCAAAACAGAUGCACAUUGCUUUGUUACGUUCAAAUUCCAUUGAAAUACUCUUCCCAAGGUUAUUAGAAAAUUGCAUCAAAUUUAGGUUU